AUGACGCCAAUUGACGAGGCAAGCGAUAUGAAGAUAACUGUAUCCCAUGAUACGAAUGUUGAAGAAAAGGCAGCAGCAGAAGGAGAAAUCGGCAUCAAACCGAAAGUCCACUUCAGUCUGCUGGGCGCCAUUGGAGUCCAGUACUCGGUCACCAGUGCCCCGAUUGCUAUUGGCGCAUAUCUGUCGCUGGCUAUUGGCCUUGGAGGCUCACCAGCAUACUUCUGGGGGUUCUUCAUGGUCGGGUUCUUCCAAUUGUUCGUUUGCCUGGCUACUGCAGAGCUUGCCUCUGCGAUUCCACAUUCGUCUGGUGAGUUGAGCAAGCCCCUAUACGCACAGCGCAUCAGAUAUUGCAGGACUAACCAAAGUAUCCCCCCCCAACAAAAAGGCCCAGCAUACUGGGCCAUCGCUCUCGCAAGCCCCGAAUACUCCCGCGGCCUGGGCUACAUUAUGGGAUGGUUGACAAAUGCCGGCUGGUUCUUUGUAUCUGCCGCCAGUACCCUGUAUCCCGCGCAGAUUACAAUGGGUCUCAUUGAAGCCGCGUUCCCAGACUUUACCGCAAAGUCGUGGCAAACAUAUCUUCUCUACGUAUGCUUUGCGCUGCUAUAUCUGUUUUUCAAUCUUCCCCGCAUAUUCCGUUCGGUCAACUUGUUGUUGCGGAUCGUGGUAUUUGCUGUCAAUGGAACGGCGAUUUAUCUGUUGGUAUCUCUCUUGGUACGAACUGGGCACAAACAAUCAGCACAGUUUGUCUUUGUCGACUUUGUCAACGAGUCGGGUUGGUCCUCCAACGGCGUUGUCUUCUUCCUUGCCCUACUACCCGCUGUGGGUUGCCUCAGCGGCUUCGACAAUGCCACGCAUUUAACGGACGAGCUAGAAAACCCGAGAAAACAAGUCCCGCAAGUUAUUCUGGGAUCUUUUGUCAUGAGUUACUUCACCGCGCUUCCCAUGAUAAUCGUAUACCAAUUCUGCAACGUCGAACCAGGGAGUCUGCUCACGGCUCCUGGCAAUCAACCAAUCAUCCAGCUUAUGCUGAGUGCUUUUCGCAGCUUCGCCAUGACUGCGUUUGGAACAAGUAUGAUUAUAUUCUGCUUCUUUAUCGCAGGAACGUCGGCGCUGAUUAGCUGGUCCCGCCUCUACUGGUCCUUCUCCGCUCAAGGGGCAUUGCCGUUCUCGACUACCAUGUCCAAGCUCUCCUCGCGCGACGCGUUGCCUGUCAACGCUCUCUGUUGGAACACCGCACUAAUUUGUGCAAUUGGUGCUAUAAGUAUUGGAUCUACAACCGCGAUGAAUGCACUUCUCGGAGCCGCAAAUUUGUGCAUUCUGUCCACCUUUGCCAUGGUUUUUGGACUGUUGCUGUAUCGAGGACGCAAGUCGCUAGACCCGGAACGAUGGUUUAAUCUGGGGCGAUGGGGCGAUUUCAUCGUCUUGAUCUCGCUGUUGUGGGUAAUGUUGAUUUCUGUGAUUCUAUGUUUACCUUUGUAUCUGCCUGUCACUCCUGAGGCCAUGAACUGGACAUCGGCUGUGUUCGCCGGUGUGCUUAUUUUAGCCGGGGCUUACUGGCUAUGCGUCUUUUCAAGGAAGACUUGUGGUUAA